AUGGUUAUCGGCGAUCGACAACGACUGGCCGAGCGCGGCGCAAUGCGAUGUCUCAUGCCGGCGAUCUCGGCCGGUUUCGGCGAGCAGAUUGAGGAAUACGAAGUACUAAAUCUGCUCGGCAAAGGCGGCUACGGAAGCGUCUACCGAGCGAGAUGUCUCCGCAGCGGCAUGGAAGUUGCAAUCAAAAUGAUCGACAAGAAAAUGAUGCAAGCUGCUGGAAUGAUGGAUAGAGUAAGGCAGGAAGUAGGGAUACAUACACGAUUGAAACAUCCAGCUAUUCUAGAAGUUUACACAUGCUUUGAAAAUACAAAUUAUGUAUACCUAGUUUUAGAAUUAUGUCAUAAUGGAGAGCUUCAACGCUAUCUCAAAGCACAGGGCACCAAGAGUCUGUCAGAAGAGCAUGCUGCCAACAUAAUCAGGCAAGUAGUGCAAGGCUUGCUUUAUCUCCAUUCCUAUCAGAUACUUCACAGGGAUUUGUCAUUGUCUAAUUUACUCUUGACUAAAAAUAUGCAGGUGAAAAUAGCGGAUUUUGGGUUGGCCACGCAAUUAAAUAAACCAGAUGAAAGGCAUCUAACUAUGUGUGGUACACCAAAUUAUAUCUCGCCUGAAAUCGCUACAAGAUCUUCACAUGGACCAGAAGCUGAUGUAUGGAGUUUAGGAUGUAUGUUAUAUACCUUAUUGGUAGGCAAACCACCGUUCGAGACUGAUGCAAUUAAGAGUACUCUAACUCGAGUCGUGAUGGCGGACUAUGUAAUGCCAUCUUAUCUAUCAAACAACGCGAAGGAUCUAAUAGAUAAGUUAUUAAAAAAGAAUCCAAAAGACAGGAUAUGUUUAAGGGAUAUUCACAAACAUCCAUUUAUAACAAGCAUAGAAAAGAGUAAGCUGCGUAAUGAAAAAAAUGGUACGAGCAAAGAUGUAUUUUCUAAUGGUAUGAUGGAUUCCGGACUUGGUAGGACAUUGUCAUCGUAUGGUCGGCCGAAAAUGCGAUCGCGGUCUGAGGAAAGAAUGUCCACAGUACCAAUGCCUAUGAUUAGUGUGAGAAGUGAACCAUUAUCCGACCCUAUUGCGAAAGUACAUUCAAAUCAUGGAGCGAGAUAUGCGAAUUAUCAUCUGAAGGAGGACUCCUUGAUGAGUAAUCCGAUGCCACGCAGUAGAGCGUUCUCGCAAAAUGAACAGCACGACAAUUAUUAUGCCUAUAACGAUUGUGAAAAGCAGAAAAUGGUAGAAAGGCACAAGCCAAGAAAGGAAAACAUCGCAGAGAAUCGUAGCGCGGAAGAAACCAGAAAGAAUACAAAAUUACAAGUGUCGCCUUUAAAUUCUAAUAGAUUGCAGCCUACUAGGCAUAGAACGAAGGGUGCAAUUCUCACUAUUUUGGAUAAUGGAGAAGUGUGCAUCGAAUUUAUCAAGCGCAGGAACGGCAUGGAAAAAAUAAGUGAAGUGUGCAGAAUAUCAGGUGAUGGUCUACGAGUCGUUCUUUAUAAACCAAAUGCGACCACGGAGAUCGACUCGCAACCACUUCCAUUGCCUAGCCGGGGUGCUGAUAGCAUUUAUUCAUAUGAAAAUUUGCCGACAUGUCAUCAUCGAAAAUAUAUGUAUGCUUUUCGUUUCGUGAAACUGGUUCAAGCAAAAACUCCAAAGUUAACAUUGUACACUCAACGCUCGAAGUGCCUAUUCAUGGAAAACGGUCCGCAACCUGAUUGCGAAGUACACUUUUAUAAUGGAAUAAAGGUUGUCAGAAUAGACGGUGUCGUUAAGAUCACCGAUAAGAGUGGUGCCACAUUCGUCGAAGGUGCAUUCCCGCAACAUCUCGAGAAUUAUUAUGAGCAUUAUUCGGAAUGUUAUCAACGUUGCUUAUUACUUGAAUCCACUUUAACUUCCUUGGAAACAGCUACCGGACAUCCCUGUUUUCCUGUAAUAAUUGGACGAAGACCCAAUACGGCAUUGAAUGACGCUCCCUAUCUACAGGGAAAAGAAAAUGUUUCACAAACCACAAACUGUUCCCCUAUUCUGCCGUCAUUUGACGCUACUUGUUCCGUUGUCUCAACAGUAACUUCUAGAUCACGUAAAAUGAACUCCAUGCAUAACUCUCAUAAUAAUGUGAACAAGGUAGCGGUACCGGGAAUAGGCAUUGCUACGAAAUUGUCAUCUGGCGAUAUUAGGGUCGAUUAUAAAGAUGGCUCUGCCUUAACUGUAAGUCCACAAAGUCAUAAUGGUGACAUCACAUAUGAGAGUAACGACGGCAUCGUUAUACGAUAUAAUAAGCAUUAUCAACAAAAUUUAGAUAUACCAGUUCAAGAGAAACUCCGACAAUUGCCUACGGUUAUUAAAUAUCUAAUGAUAGAACCGACGCAUAAAGGCAUUCGGUAGUGAAUGAAAAUAUAAAAUAUUUUGUAUAAUACAACAAAAAUUACUCUUGCUUGUGGACUGUAAGCUUGCUAUAGAUUUUAUAAAUUAGCACAUAGAUUUAUAGGUAGCUUAUACAAAUUUAAAUACAGCUCUAUAAAUAUUUUUUAAGUAUACAAUAAUGAAAUAAAGAAAUUAUUUUAUUCUAUCUUUGAUACAGUCGAUUCGAGUAUUGUUGUAUUUUAAUGUAUUAAUAUUUAAUUCUACAAGAGAAAAA